AUGGCGAGCCACCACCGCACCGCCCUCGAGUCCAGCCCCGGCUCGCCCACCUUUUCCGGGAGCGAGAGCUGGGACAACGGGAGCCUGGCGGUCGUUCCCCAGUUCGACGCCUCUUUCCCCCGCGAGGACAGCAUGUUCCCGGGGGCCGCGGAUGCGCUGUUCGAUGGCUUCGGGAUCCCGGAGUCCCAGGAUGACUUCAACUGCCUCAUGGGCGACCUCGAGCCCCUGAAGAGCGACUGGGACUGGGAGACCGACACCAAGAAGGACCUGCUGGGAGCUAAGGUCAAGUCUGAGGUCCAGCUUGUGGAUCGCGUGCAGGCGUACCAGUUCUCUGCCGCCUAUGCGGACGACAUGCAGAUGGUUCCCCAGGCGCCUCCUGCCCCCAUCCACACGCCCACUUCCAAUGAGUCGUUGUCCCUGGAAGUCCCCCUCACCCGCCGCGAUCGCGUAGAGCGCUACCUCUCCAAGCGCCGCCGCCGCAACUUCAACAAGGUGGUCCGCUACCAGUGCCGCAAGGUAUAUGCGGACGCCCGCCCUCGCAUCAAGGGGCGUUUCGUCAAGCCCGCCGAGCUGGAGGCGUACAGGCGCGACGCGGCCGCCGCCAAGGGCAGCCCCCCCGCCGAAGCGAUCAGUGCGCCCCUGGUGGGGGCCUAG